GAUUGCUCACAUUACCAAGAGCACAAGGACUGCAAGUGCGUGUGCAAGGACACGGACUACGAAGCAACUUGUUUGGCUGAUCCCAACAGGAUUUGGAACACCAAAACGUGUCACUGUGCCUGCAAGCAUCCCAAGCCCUGCGCCUCAGGGCAUUUUUUCCACCCUGUACAUUGCAGAUGCGAGGAAAUGCAAUUCGAUGAAAACAACAACUUCGUGUACUCGAGCUACAGAAAUCGAGGGCAGCUUCCGUUGCCUCCUGGCCCUUCAACUGAACCACUUAUUGUGGAAAUGAGCACCGCAGCAUCAGCGCAGGAGAAAACGACGAUCGGAAGAUUCUGGCUGAAAAAGUCGCAAUCAGUACGUGGUGAAGAUAGUACUUCGGCACCUUCAAGUACCACGACACUUCCGCCGAUUCCUUCCACUACGACGACCAGGAGCAGCAGAUCAACUCAGUCUUGGUUUUUUGACAACCCUGCCCGAGCCACACACCCACCCUCGAGGACCCGGUUUCAAGUUGACCCCGCUCGAAUUCGGCCAAGGUUGGACGAUGACCUUGACACUGAAGAUGAAAAGGAUCAAACCUUUUCGCGGAGCAAACAAGUGACAUCCGUGAACGUGCCACGUCUCAAGGAAUGGAAGCAACUCGCGACGGCGUCUGAAAGCAUCAGCAGCAGCGGACACACUCAUAAUGGAAACGCGCUGGACACGUCAACUUUUGACUACAAGUCUGAGGACGAGAAGGGGGGCGAAUCAUAUGAUGCGAACAGCGGUGCCAACCCCAGGACAACGAACCGGAAAAGCCGUGUCUUCGACCCCAAUGAAAAGGAUCGGAUCCUCAACAACAUGGCAGGUUCGUGCCAUUAUUAA